CCCACCUUGGUAAGUUUGCAUGAAUUGCAUCGCACAAGAGCGAGUGCCUGGCGGUGUGUAUAGUUGCUGGAUUGUCCUUUUUGGGCGCAGAAGUGCUUACCUAUGCUCACUUGCUCCGAAAGUUAACACAGCUGUAGACAGGAUUUUGUUGGAUUUGGAUUGUAGUUGUUGGGUCAGAGGAGAGAUCAGUGUGGGCUGGGGGAAAUUCUGAGGCAGUUUUACACGGCGGCAGAAGUGUGAUUUUGCUUGAAAUUUGUGUGUGUUUUGAGUGCAAAAGAAGGAAGAGAGGGAAACUAUGGCUGGAAGCAUGGCGAAUCCAACUAUGAUGAACGCAGACGGUGUGUCGACGACACAUACGAAUAGCUUCAGCCCAAAUAGUCCAUCCUCUCCCGCAAGUCGGAAUGUGAAGGCAGAGGCUUUUGGAGACGCCCACAGGCAGAGGGUCGAAUCGGAAAUCAAUGCUUGGGUGGCGUCAGAGAUUCGCAAGGCUGAGGCGCGGACAGCUACAGCUUUGUCAAAGAUUGAGCAGAAGCGGAUGAAGGAUGAAGCACGAGCUCUUGAGCAUAAGAAGCGGGAGGAGGCGAAAGCCGAGCAAGCUAUCCGCGCUGCUGAGGUGAAAGCUGAUAAAAUUGUAGCGAAUGCCAAGGAGGAAGCAAUCAGAGCAAAAGCACAUGCUGCAGAGGUAUGCGAGAAAGGGAUCGCUGACUCACAUUCUCAAACUGAGCGGGCAAAGGCGGAGCUGGAGGAAGCGAAGUUACGAGAAAUUGCCGAAUUGAAGGACAAAGCUGAGCUGAUGAAGAUCACUGGUGAACUCCCCUUUCAAGAGCCGAAGAAGCAUGGAGUGGGCUCCAUGGUGAAGAAUGUCCUGACUUGUCACCAUGGCGACGUGUAAAACAACUUUGCUAGAUUGUUCACGCCAUUCUGUCUAGUGGAACGAACUGACAAGGUGGCUGUUUUACACUUCAAGGGAGAGGAAACUCGAGGUCAUUACACAGCCCCUCCAACGGUUCAUUCUCUGGUCAUUCUAUCAAAUUUGACGUGGGGACAGGCAUAGUUUGGACAUGCUUGUCAUCUAGUGUGGCACGGCUGCAGUAUGUGGGUGAAGGUUGUGGUAUAAAAACGUGAGGAAUGUUUCGAGUAUCACCAGAAGUUUAACUCUGAUAUUGCAGGAUAUAACUUGGUCAUCCCUUUCAAUGCCUUGUACAGUUUUUCAAAAUCAAAGUGUUUUUAUUUGUCCCUGCUGCAAA